GAGAGAGUGACAUUUGGUGGACCUCCCCUCACAUUGAUUGGCAAAGGAGACAAAGGAAGUCUCCUCACUCCUCUCUACCCCAUUAUUUCGACCACCAUAUUCAAGGAAGAGAGGAAACCCUCUUCAAAUCAUCAUCCUCCAUUGUUGAAGCAAGCUCAAACCAAGGAAGCUCCAAAUAAGAAGAAAGAGUGGGAAAAGAAGAGAAUAACCUUGAUAUAUUAAGGAAUUUUACCAAGGUAUUCUAAACUUCUCAAGGAACCUAGGAGUGGCCGGAAAGUCGCCGGAGCCGCCGGAGUUUUCGCCGGAAAAUUCAAAGGUCGCCGGAGUUCAAACAAAGGGGAUAAAAACUCGCUAGCGUCAUUUCAAGGUUGAAGCUAGAGCUUACUUCCUGCACCCGUUGCUCGGGAGAUCGAUGGAGAGAAGACGUGGAUGAACUGCGGUUAUUCUUAUUGGGUUGUACGACGGUUGUCCACGUGGCACAGACGCGGUCUGGGGCGUGACAAUUAAGUGGUAUCAGAGCCAAACGAUUUCUAAACUAUAUAGUCAACCUCUCAACAGAGUUUCUAUCAAAACAGUUUUCAAUGAAAAACCAUGAGCAUAAGUUUUGUACUUUAAGAGCAUUUGGUUAUCGAGUUGCAAGGUCUCUGGUUGUUAAGAUGGGCCCCUUAACAAUUGGUAUGGCAGUGACUUGAGCCAAGUGGUGUCUUGAGUACGUUUCUGUCAAUUGACAUUCAAACGAGUCCAAAGACUCAUUCCAACAUAUUCUUUCAGGAAUGGGUGGUAGUGAUAGGGCGGUUCGAGGAAAUCCGAGAGGGCGCGCACCGGGGAUAGCCGGGCAAGCCAAUCGGGGAAUAUCAAGGUCGCGUAAAAGGCGAGGUAUGGGCAACCAAGGCCCACGAACACGAGCCACGAUGGCUGAUCACAAUGUGACUGAAUUCGAGUCGUGGAACUCGGAGGAUGACUCAACUUAUCACCCUGAAAGCGAGUCAGAUGAAACUUCUUUUCAGGAAAACAGUGGAGAGGAUAUACAAAGUAUUCCUCCUGACCAUGUUAGUGAGAUGUACCGAUGGUACCAACGUGAAAGGGGAAGACAACGACAGGGAUCUCAGGAGGGACAUGUCAAAGGCGAGACCUCUCUCAGGAGGGGUCGGGGUGCUCAUAGAGCACAAGUUAGGACAGUCAGAGAUUCUGAUGACGAAGGACCAUUCAUUAAGAUCUCAAAGUACCUCAAAGAGGCUAGAGCCUUGGGGUGCAAACCAUUUGAUGGGACGGGGGACAUAUCAGAAGCAGCCGAGUGGAUAAAAAGGUUAAAUGAUGCAGCUGAGGACAUGCAGGUGGUCCCUGAAAGAAAGUUAAGGGUAGCCACUAGAUUAUUGGAGGGUUUAGCUUCUACUUGGUGGGAAGGCACCAAGGGUAAGUUUGACGGGGUUGUCACGUGGGACAACUUCGAGCAAGCAUUCUAUGAGCAGUUUUACACCUCUUUCAAAGUAAAUCGAAAGAGGAGGGAAUAUAUCGAUCUCAAACAGGGAAAUGAGUUUACGGUGAAGCAACUGGAACAAAGAUUCCGACAUCUGGCAAGGUUCUUGCCUGAGUAUGCCGCAAAUGAGAACCGAAUGGCAAACCAUUUUUGGAAUGCACUCAAUUUGGAAAUACGCGAAAGAGCGACCUACCAAUUCAACAUGACUUUUAGUCAAGUAGUAGCACAAGGUCUCCAGGGGGAGGAGCUUUGGAAGGAAAGGCAAGCAAGGGAUGCAAAGGAAGCACAAGAAAGAGAUCAGGUGAUCAUUCACCCUCCACGACGAGAGGGGAAGUAUGAACUUCAGAGCAAGGGGAACUCUAACAAGUUAGUUCCGUUUUUCAGUGAGAGCCAGGACUUGGUAAGUCAAAGCUCAAGCACUCGAGGCACGGGGGCACCCAAAUGUGAGAAUUGUAGGCGAAGGCACUACGGGAGAUGUCGAGAGCCAUCUAGGUGUUACUUUUGUGGAGAAACAGGCCACAUCAAGGUCCUUUGUCCUCAACGUACGCGUGAAGGAACAUCAGGAGCUAGAGGAGGGGUCACGGGGGUUGAAAACCCAACUAGGGUUGCCUCAAACAUGGUACCUUCUACAAGUCAAUGGCGAACUCGCUCGUGAAGGCCGGAAAUGGCGGGAGCCAUUUGUUGGGCCUGACUAUGGCAUAAGUCCCGAAAAUACAACUUUCGGAGUCGAAUGUGCAUUCGGGGACAUAAAGGGAUGACCUCCCACAUGAGUGGGGGCCAUCCCACGUUUUUGUGCAUCCAAAUGAGCCGUAGAAUCUGCAUAGCAUGGAAGAGAGGGAUGCAUUUGGUCUCAAAUUGAUAGGUUGGGUGAGAGAGUGACAUUUGGUGGACCUCCCCUCACAUUGAUUGGCAAAGGAGACAAAGGAAGUCUCCUCACUCCUCUCUACCCCAUUAUUUCGACCACCAUAUUCAAGGAAGAGAGGAAACCCUCUUCAAAUCAUCAUCCUCCAUUGUUGAAGCAAGCUCAAACCAAGGAAGCUCCAAAUAAGAAGAAAGAGUGGGAAAAGAAGAGAAUAACCUUGAUAUAUUAAGGAAUUUUACCAAGGUAUUCUAAACUUCUCAAGGAACCUAGGAGUGGCCGGAAAGUCGCCGGAGCCGCCGGAGUUUUCGCCGGAAAAUUCAAAGGUCGCCGGAGUUCAAACAAAGGGGAUAAAAACUCGCUAGCGUCAUUUCAAGGUUGAAGCUAGAGCUUACUUCCUGCACCCGUUGCUCGGGAGAUCGAUGGAGAGAAGACGUGGUUCGUGCUUCCUCUCGUUCCAUUUUUAAAUAAUUAAAUAAUGCUCAUGGAACUAUUUUGACUUAUAAAUUAAUGGAGCCUGCGAGCUCUUGUUUUACCCUUGUGUGGGUUCUUAUUAAAACACUUAUAUUCCGCUAUGUGUUUGAUUGUAUGUUGAUGUUGUUAUGUAUGUUUACUAAUCGGUUUUGGCAUAUGUAUCUAUCGGACGUCUUGUGCAAUUCGGUAAGGAUGAACUGCGGUUAUUCUUAUUGGGUUGUACGACGGUUGUCCACGUGGCACAGACGCGGUCUGGGGCGUGACACAAAGGAUGGCCCCCGGCUAUCACUUUCCUCAGCCUUCAGACAACGAACUCCACCAAACGCCUUCGAGCUCGCAGCAGCAUAAGCCUUCGGCUAUCAAUAUUACCACCCCUCGGGAGCUCAUCAACACAUCAUAACUCCUUCAUCCCGAACUAACCUUCGGCCUAAAGGAGUGAGGGACUGGGAUACACCCCUCGGGAAUCACGCAGAGCAGAAUUUCCUCAGGCAAAAUUUACAAUUGACGCAUACAGCCUCCGGGCAAACAGCAGAGUAGAAACCCUCGGGUACAUACUUCGAUAUACCCUUCGGCAGAGGCAGAGUAUCAAAAAUAUUCCCCAAGUCACUUGCGGAAAUGAAGCAGCCCCCAUCGUAACACAUGCGGGCAAUACAUCUAUACUUUCCUCAGAAAACCCUCGACAUGUGAGGGACUGAGGAAAGCCUUCGGUAGUCAUACAGGUGUUAUACUUCCCUCAGAAAACCCUCGACAUGUGAGGGACUGAGGGAAGCCUUCGACAAUCAGCAGAAGGCAAGUUCUCAAGCAAAGGCGCCCAACUAAAUGAUGAAGCCUCCAGAAGAAUUAACACAACUACUCCUUUUCCCUCAAGUACCUUUCGGCAAAAGGAGUGAGGGACUCCUGAUGGAGUAUAUGGCCCAGGAGCCCCCGGCCCAUAGACUCCUACUUCUCCACAGGUCCAUUGAGCCCAAGGAACAUCUCAGGCCCAAGUACAACGGCCCAAGCCUCAAAGGGGCCCAAAAUACUCACUGGGGAGCCUUCGGCCUCCUUGGCCGAAGGCUCCAAAACUCACAGGAUAGCCUUUUUUGGCAUACAAGUCUACUGGAAAAAAACGGCGAAAAGGUAGCCUUCCGCAUUAUCGAGCCCUCGGCAUCAGAGAAACCUUCGACUGUACCAAGCCUCUGGUCACCCCGGAGCCUUCGGCUACACAGGGCCCUCGGUUACUUGGAGCCCCCGGCUACACAACGAGCCUUCGGCCAAACAUGCUCAAUCGUCGAAGAUUCCUUUUGGAGACAGUCAACCACCGCAUUUAAUGCAACGUCACAUCCGCCAACCGCAUUCAAUGCGGUGAACGUACCACUGCCGGUGCCACCCGGUUGAUGUGACCCCUCGACCGUUGGAUUAUUGACACGUGUACUCUCAUCGCAUUUAUUGCUGCUAUAAAUAGUAGCCCAUUUCUCCUUGUAAAAGGGACCAGAUCCCAACUCCACAUCUCGAGUUCAUUUAAUAAAAUCGACUCUCUCUCCUCCUAUUUACUCUGACCUCUCUCUAAGUUAUUCCCGC